UAUCACUAUUCUUAAGUAACAAUUAUGUUUUUGACGUUGUAGAAAAUUUUUAGCAAAUUAUUUAUUUUGAAUAAGAGAGAAUUAAAAUGUUACGGAGUUCAAUAAAAGCUUUAUCUAGAUUAUGUAUAAACAAUGGUUCUGUUGCUAUUCGGUGUGCUAAUACCGGCUCUAUUCGCGGUAUUCACCUAAUACCUAUGGUUGUUGAGCAAACUGGACGUGGAGAGCGUGCAUAUGACAUAUUUUCUCGUCUACUUAAAGAGCGCAUUAUAUGUUUAAUGGGACCAAUCCACGACGAUUUGAGUUCACUUGUAGUAGCACAAUUAUUAUUUCUUCAGUCAGAAAACGUAAACAAACCUAUACACAUGUACAUAAACUCACCAGGUGGAGUGGUUACGGCCGGUUUAGCCAUAUACGACACAAUGCAGUACGUUAAACCACCAAUUGCAACAUGGUGUGUUGGGCAAGCUUGUUCAAUGGGUUCAUUAUUAUUAACUGCUGGCGCUGCUGGAAUGAGGUAUUCUCUUCCGAAUUCUCGUAUAAUGAUUCAUCAACCAUCUGGAGGAGCUCAGGGCCAAGCAUCUGAUAUACAAAUUCAAGCUGAAGAAAUAAUGAAGUUAAAGAAACAAUUGACCAGCAUAUAUGUAAAACACACUAACCAAGAUUACGAAGUUUUACAAAAAAAAAUGGAACGUGAUAACUUUAUGUCUGCUACUGAAGCUGUUGCUUUUGGACUUAUUGAUCAUGUACUAGAACAUCCUCCGCAAACAGGUGAUAGUGAUUCUGACAUUGACUCGUGUGCUCCAAGUGAGGGAACGUAACUUACACCAUAAUUCAUAUUUUUAUAGAAAACAAGUAAAUCGUUUUUAAUUAAAAAAAUGUUAUAAAGCUAAAACAAUUUUGUUUCCGGAACCAAAAAGACUUAAAGUUGUUAAAAUCAUUAAAAUAAAUAUAAAACGUAAAAGAAAGCUUUUAUGUUGACAUCAGUGUAGGGUCUUACAGUGCUUGUAAACUACUCUGUAUUAUACAUAUGUUUUCCUAUUGAAUUUUAUACUUUCAUAUAUAAUGUAGCGAAAAUUUUAUAAACAUUAACGAGUGCAAAAUAAAGUACAAUUUGCCAUAAGGAAAUUUUAUAUAAAAUU